AUGGUUUCCAGGAAGUCACAGGCGAAGCCUCCUCCAAGUGCUAAUUUAGAUGUGAAACCCGCCAAUAAACUCAGGCGUCAACUUCUCCAUAUCAAGCGGAAGCGGCUCAAAGACUCCACUCGACGAGCAGAACGAUAUCGGAUUAAGAAAGAAGAGGCUAAGAACCCAAAGCUCAAGAAUGAGCGCCUAAAGCGUAAUAUUCCGCUUACUAUCGAUCGCAAGCGGGUCUGGGAUGAUGCCAAUAGUGAUAUCGAAGACGGUCUGGGAUUGAGUGUCGACGUCGAGCGCAUCAAGAAACAAAAGCAGGAAGAGGAAGAGGAAUGGAACAAGCCAUUGGAGCUCUCUGAUAAAUCACAAGAUGAUUCCGAUGACCAAGAUGAGGUCGACAGCAUGCUAGCCAGCAGUGACGACGACAACGACGACGAAGGAGGAGAUAACGACAACGAUAACGCUGAGAGGUCUCGGAAGUCUAAGAGAUCGUCUCUCCCGUCCGCUACAGAGCGUGCAACAAGCCCGACUCAGUCAACCAAGAGCACAAACCUUAGCCUAGCUCCAGAGGCCCUAGCAAGCAAGUUCCCGUCGUUGUUUCCGUCUGAGACACCACCGACACCCAAGAUUCUCAUCACGACUUCCCUGAACUCAACCCUUCACAACGAAGCCAAAGCUCUUACAGAUCUUUUUCCUAAUAGCCAGUAUAUCCGCCGUACAGCGCACCGUUAUUCCCACAAGUUUUCAUUGAAAGAAAUAGCAACGUUUGCAGCAAAUCGCAAUUACACCACAGUAUUAGUCCUCCAGGAAGAUUCCAAACGACCGUCCGGCCUCGAUGUGAUACACUUACCCAAGGGUCCCAUGUUCCAUUUUACUAUUAGCAACUGGGUAGAUGGCAAAAAGAUCCCUGGACAUGGCGUAGGCACUGAGCACUGGCCUGAAUUGAUUUUGAAUAACUUUCGCACACCACUUGGGAUUUUAACAGGUGCUAUUUUCCGCUCAUUAUUCCCACCGCAGCCUGACAUUGAGGGGCGCCAGGUUGUGACAUUACACAACCAGCGUGACUACAUCUUCGUCCGCAGGCAUCGGUACAUCUUCCGAGAGAAGCGAGAGACAGAAAAGAGCGUGGUUGACGCAGACGGAAAGGAGAUGAAAGGGGCCGAGGGAAUAAGGGCAGGCCUUCAGGAAUUAGGGCCUCGGUUUACCCUGAAAUUACGAAGAAUCGACAAGGGCAUCCAAAGGGUGAGUGGGCAGGAAUGGGAAUGGAAGGCUGGAAUGGAAAAGCAGAGGACCAAGUUCCAGCUAUGA